AUGGAUGACUUUGGCGACAACUUCGUCCUGCCUGACGUAGACCCUGCGGCUGAAUUUCUGGCACGAGAACAGAAUCAACUUGCUGGUCUAGAAGAUGAAUUGGAAACUAGUGCUCCACCCCCUAUCACCACUCCUGCUUCAAAUGGUUUAGAGGAUUUUGUUGAAAUUCCGAGUGCCACAGCUUUUGAAGCAAAUGGCCUCAUAGAUGUAGAGCCUGCCCCCGCACCUGUUUUCCGACAGGAAAGAGAGGAACCAGAGAAGAUCAGGAUAUGGAGAGAAGAACAAAAAAAGAGACUAGAAGAAAAGGAUGAGGAGGAAGAAAGAAAAAAGGAGGAGAUGUUGAAGAUUGCCAAAAAAGAAUUAGAAGACUGGUAUAAGACACACGAGGAACAGAUUGCUAAAACUAAAGCUGCUAACAGGAACGCGGAGCGCGCGCUGGCGCGGGGCGGGGAGGCGGCGGCGGCGGGCGCGGGGGCGGCGGAGGGCAACGAGUGGGCGCGCGUGGCCGAGCUGUGCGACUUCGGGCCGCGCCGCGGCCGCGACGUGCAGCGCCUGCGCUCCAUCGUGCUGCAACUCAAGCAGGCCGGCGUCAGGCCCAAGUACCCGCCGCGUGCCGUCAACGUAGCUUAA